GGACGGUUACGGUCGGGCCUUUGAUGCUAAGCUGGCCAGGUUCACUGAUGAUGCUAUAGAGGCAUGCGUGAAACUAUCGUCUCGCUACAUUCCCAGUCGGCGACUACCAGACUCGGCGUUUGACGCUAUGGAUGAGGCAGCAGCUCGGAAGAGAAUUCAGCAAGGAGCGCGGCCAAGCAGUCGUAUUGAAGUGAACGCAAACGAUGUCGCCCAGACUGUAGCUCAGUGGACCGGGAUUCCCCUCGAGGAGCUGACCAAGGAUGAGUCUGCUAGACUGCUCCAUAUGGAGGAGCGGCUCGACAGUCGAGUGAUAGGACAGAAGAGGGCCACCAGUGCGGUGGCCAGGGCGAUUCGACGAGCCCGGGUUGGCGUUAGAGGUAUUGGGAACAAGCGGCCAACAGCAUGCUUCCUGUUCUGUGGACCUACGGGGGUUGGCAAGACUGAGCUCAGCAAAGCCUUGUCCGAUGAAUACUUCGGCGAGGAGGGCCGGAACAUGAUACGCCUGGACAUGUCCGAGUUUAUGGAGCGUCACAGCGUGUCCAAGCUGAUAGGCUCGCCUCCGGGGUAUGUCGGCUAUGACUCCAACUCUGGAGGAGUACUCACGGACCGAGUCCGUAGACAGCCACAUAGUCUAGUGUUGAUUGACGAAGUGGAGAAGGCCCAUCCUGACGUUCUCAAUAUCCUAUUACAA